GAGGCUCGGCCCGGGCCAGCGGCAUGCUGCUCCACUACAAGCCGAUGGGCUCUCAGGACGUCCAGCAGCUGCGCCUGGAGGCAGCUGAUGAUAAGAAGGUGGCCGCCCUGUGGUUGGCUGCCAUGCACAAGGCUGCCAAACUUCUGUACGAAGCCCGGGACCAGUGAGGACCAGAACCGGGCCUCCAGGCAGCACACACCCAAGUGUUUCAGACCCGCCUKAGCUGGGUUUAUCGGGGUCCAGAUUCUGUCAGCAGCUCUUCAUGAAGGUCCAGCCUCUGGUUCUUCUCUUCCAUCAGAACCUGCUUUAACUCGAGUGUUCUGAUCCAAAAAUACUAAAUGUUUCUGAUAAAUCCCAGCUUUGGGUCAAGCUUCAGUAAAACACUUUUAAAUUCACGACACAUUAACUCGAUGAGCUGCUGCCGUGUUUUUACAAAGAUCUGAGUUCCUGUUUGCAGUUAAAGAACCAAGUAAAGAAAAUAUUAAAACUCAGAACUUCUAAAAUCAAGAAACAAACCUGCCUGAAAACUUUAAAAACAGACGUCUGUGAUUUUCUUUACUUCUUAGGAGCCGUUUGUUCUAAAGUUAAAAUUUAAACAGUCAGUGUCUUACCUGUUGUAGAUGGCUCUUUGACCUCUAAAUCCGAUGGGACUAAUGAGCUAAAGGCUAGUCCGAACACGGCUGAGUGUCUUAAAUCAGCCUCACAACUGAGUGCAUCGCUUUUUAAAAAGAAACAAACACGUUAGUGUAUUAUGACCCCCACAAACACACGAAGCGGGGGCCAUGUUUUUGUAUUUCGAGAGUGAAGAUUCAGUAGUAAAGGUAAGUAAACCUGAGUAAAGUUUUGGUCCACAGGAAGCAGCCGAGGCAGAAAAGCAUUCUGGGAAAUGUAGGAUUCUCUGAUGAAACGAUAAACGGCUCRUUUAAAUCGAAGCUGAUCACAGAUGUUUUUAUAAAAGUGAUGUUUUCUCACAAAACCAGUGUUUUUACGUUUUCAGUUUUCUUCUGUAUAUAAUUUUCUUCUAAAAUAUUAACUCUUUGCAGUUUUGAGACGUUUGAAGCUUCAGAGGAUUGUUUUUUUUUUUUUUUUUUGUACUUUCAUGUAUUAAAGUUUUGUAUGAGAGAUUUUGUUAAAUAUUCCUACUUUAACACCAAGUGUUUGUUGUUGCACCAGUUUUAA